CCGCCGCGGGUGGACGAUGAGGAGGCGCCGCGGUGGGGCUGGUGCCGCAGCCUUGCUCGCCUGAUCGGGCCUGGCGCUUACCCGGCAGUCCUCCGCGCCGCCGCGCACCUUGCCGCCGCCCCGGGGCGGGCCGUCGCGGCGAGUGUGGAUGCCUAGCGCCUGCCCGCCGCCGCCUGGCGACUAAGCAGGCGCCGCCGGGGCAGAGACCCGCGGACGCCAUGGGCUGCUGCAGCUCCGCCGCUCAGAGCUCCAAGCGAGAGUGGAAGCCUCUGGAGGACCACAGCUGCACAGAUAUACCAUGGCUGCUCUUAUUCAUCCUCUUCUGUGUAGGAAUGGGUUUCAUCUGUGGCUUUUCAAUAGCUACAGGAGCAGCUGCAAGACUGCUUUCAGGAUAUGACAGUUACGGAAACAUUUGUGGACAGAAAAAUGUCAAGGUGGAGGGAAUAGUCAACAGUGGUCUGGACCUCACACAUAAGAAAUAUGUCUUCUUCUUGGAUCCAUGCAACAUUGAUCUAGUACAUCAGAGAAUCAAGUCUCUUGCUUUAUGUGUAUCAACUUGUCCAAGGAAAGAACUAAAAACUCUGGCAGAUAUACAGAAAUUUGCAGAAACUAAUGGAUCCACUCUGUGUAGCUAUGAACUACAGCCAUCAGAAUACACUACAGACCCAAGGGCUGCCAAGUUAUGUCCGAAAUACCCCGUUCCAGAGAGUGCACCUAUUCCAUUCUUCCAUCGCUGUGCUCCUGUGAACAUUUCCUGCUAUGCCAAGUUUGCAGAGGCCCUGAUCACCCUUGUCAGUGACAGUAGUGUCUUACACAGACUGAUUAGUGGAGUUAUGACCAGCAAAGAGAUUAUAAUGGGACUUUGCUUAUUAUCACUAGUGUUGUCCAUGAUUUUGAUGGUCAUAAUCAGAUACAUUUCAAGAGUACUUGUCUGGAUUUUAACAGUUCUGGUCAUUCUGGGAUCACUUGGUGGUACAGGAGUCCUGUGGUGGCUUUAUGCUAAGCAACGAAUAUCUGCUGUUGAGACUCAAAUAGCCAAAGACAAUCUUCAGGCUCUCCUGAUUUAUGCCAUUUCAGCUACAGUCUUCUCGGUUAUCUUGUUCUUGAUAAUGUUAAUUAUGCGCAAGCGAGUAGCUCUCACCAUUGCCUUGUUCCAUGUGGCCGGCAAGGUCUUCAUUCACCUGCCGCUGCUAGUCUUCCAGCCAUUUUGGACAUUCUUUGUGCUUAUCCUCUUCUGGACAUACUGGAUCACAGUCCUGCUUUUUCUUGGUACUACAGGUAGUCCUAUCCCAAAUGAAGAAGGAUUUGUUGAAUUUCGGAUGGUAGGUCCUUUGAAAUAUAUGUGGUGGUACCAUGUAGUGGGACUCAUCUGGAUCAGCGAGUUUAUCCUAGCCUGUCAGCAGAUGACAGUAGCAGGGGCUGUUGUGACAUACUAUUUUACAAGGGAGAAAAGGAAUUUGCCAUUUACUCCUAUUCUAGCAUCCGUAAAUCGCCUUGUUUGUUACCACCUAGGAACAGUAGCAAAGGGGUCUUUCAUUGUCACACUAGUGAAGAUACCACGAAUGAUUCUUAUGUAUAUUCAUACACAACUCAAAGGAAAAGAAAAUGCUUGUGCUCGCUGUAUGCUUAAAGCCUGCAUCUGCUGCCUUUGGUGUCUAGAAAAGUGCCUGACCUACUUAAAUCAGAAUGCGUAUACAGCCACAGCUAUCAACAGCACCAACUUCUGCACCUCAGCAAAGGAUGCCUUUAUUAUUCUAGUGGAAAAUGCUUUGCGAGUGGCUGCCAUAAACACAGUUGGGGAUUUUAUGCUCUUUCUAGGAAAGGUCCUGAUUGUCUGCAGUACAGGUUUGGCCGGGAUUAUGUUGCUGAAUUAUCAACGAGAUUACACCAUCUGGCUGCUGCCACUCAUCAUUGUCUGCCUCUUUGCAUUCCUGGUUGCUCAUUGCUUCCUUUCCAUUUAUGAAAUGGUCGUUGAUGUCCUUUUCUUAUGUUUUGCCAUUGAUACAAAAUACAAUGACGGGAGCCCUGGGAGGGAAUUCUACAUGGAUAAAGUUCUCAUGGAGUUUGUGGAAAAUAGUAGGAAAUCUAUGAAAGAAGCUGGCCGGGGAAUUGGAGCUGAGGGCAGAGAGCUGAAACCAAUGGCCUCUGGAGCAAGUUCAUCUUGAAACUAGCCAGCCAUAUUGGAACCCAUUGACAUUCCAAAACAGUAUAUAUAUACAUAUAUACAUACAAAAAUAUAUAUAUAUUAAAAAAAAAUAAACAGCCAAAAUCAGAGAAAAGGAACAGGGAUUUAAUACUUUUUUUAACAAUUAUUUUUGUGAAACAUGUACUCUUUUCAUACGGGUGGCUUUUACAAGCAGCUUUAUCAUUGUUCCGUUUUUUUAGAUUAUUCAUUGUGGUCAUGGAAAUGUUGGUUUUUGUCUGUUUGAUAUUUAACAACCUGGAGGAGGUAUCCAUUGUAAAGAUAAUCUGAAGUGAUGAUUGGGCUUGGAGGCAGAUUUCCCAUGAUGCUGCUAAUCUGCUCAGAGUUUUACUUUAGUUUGUUUAAAUUUGCAUUAAAUUCAGGACAGUUAACAUGUAAGGAAAACCUUCAAAUCAAGAAAAGUCUCAAAUUUAGUUUUUCAAAAGAUGGUUUCAGUGAGAGUUUGUUUAAUUCUAAUGGGCUUGUAAGCAAUCAUUUUACUUUGCAGCCCUCUCGGGGCACAAUUUUGUUUAUCAGUACCAGAUAAUCACAAUAACCAACUCCUCAGGUAUUCAGGUGUAUGGGAGCCCUUGCAUCUCCUGUUAAACAGCAACUACAAAAUGGGGACAGAUAAUUUUUAUAUGCAAUUAACUUCCUCUUUUACCCUGCUUUACCCUUCGUACCCAUUGCCCUGUCCCUUGAGUUCAGUAGCCCCCUUCACACUCCAGUGGUCCUUCAAAGGAUGUGGAUUCUCCACAUGAGGAAUCGAAGUAACAGAUGAUUAAAGCUCAGUCUUAGCCAUACUCAUGAUUAAUUCAUGACUAGCUAUAAAGAUGCUGAGGUUGGGAAGAGAAGUGUACUGCUGUAGGAAAAAAAAAAAAAGUACUGUAUGUUUCAUUUCAUUUGCUGCCAGAGAGCUCUGAGAGGUAGAAGAGACCAUUCCUUACUACUUGUUUCAUCCAUACUUGUAUGUACUGUAGCGGGUGACUGAAACAGGAAAGGGAAAAGAAACAUUUCCUUUUAAGUGUAACUGCCAGAAUAGUUAUCUAAAGUUAUUGAAUAAUGAAAAGAGAACGUGCUUUAUUAUUGUUAUUAUUACUAUUAUUAUUAUUAUAUACUUAUAUUUCUUUUGAGUCUGGAAGCUCACCGGAUAUGAAUGCUAAUAUUUGAUUAUUCAGCAUAUUGUAAUGGGAAAUGCUUAGAAGUGUAUUUGCUAAGAAUUCAUGAUCUCUCUGUGCUAUAUACUCCUUUUGUUACAAUUUUUUUAAGAAAACUAUUUUUGUUAAUGUAAAGUUAGUAUUUCAGAGCAGAAUUUUUAAACUUAUUGCACUAAAUACAAGCUCUGUACAAAUAAAUCAUGCCUCAAUAGUUUGAUCGCUCCAUUCAAGAAAAAUCUUUUGAAACAGAAAAGCCUUCCUACAGAAGGUUUGUGAUUGAGUGGAUAGGUGUGUCUAGGUGGAGAGAUGCACAGCUCGUGUUGUCAAGGUUUAAUAAGCAAGCAGUUAUCUAUACUUCCUUUCAGAAGAUCAGGCUUUUAAAUUGAUGCAGAAAAGUCAUACCAAGUAGUUAACCAGUGCUCUUACCUUUUGGCCAUAGUAAAAUAUUUCACUUCUGCUUCUAGAAGUCAUUUGAUAACUUACAUUUGUUUGGUUUCCUUUGGGUAAGCUAGUUAAAAGGAUUUUCUCUUUCAUAUCACGGAACCCAAGCUAUACUAAAUGUACGAAAACAAAAAUGCAUACAGAAAUGAUAGCGUCUGGGGAGGCAGGGAGGCAGAAUUAUCCAGUCCUGACAGCACUUAGGCACUCAUUUAAGUGAACUAUCAUUGGUAGCUCCACUGGCAUCAGGAGGGUUAAGUGUGGCAGCUCUAAGUUGCACAUCCAUGUAAGUGCUAACUGGACUAGAGUUUCAACCUAGAGAUUCAAACUGGAAAGGCCUCUCAGCGCCAGAGACCAGACUAUCUAGAAGCAGCACUGGAGCAGUGGAGCAGAGGCAUUCCUGCUCCAGUGUCUUAAGACAGCAGUGGCACUGAACACCAGUGUUUGUGCAGAUCAGUGGGGGUUUAGCAAGGGAAUUUUAAAAACUGGCUUAAACGAAUCCUAGAAACUGGAUUCCAAGGCAAAGAGACUUACCAUGGAUCCAGUUGCUUCCAGAGAAACUAAUUUCCAUCUUGUGUGGAAGUUAUUGGAGGUGCUUUGAUGGAAUCCGUGGAUUCUGCUCAUUUAGACAACAGAUUUCUGCUGUGACCAAUUGCGCAAGUUUGUGUUCUCUGCUCACUGGAAGUCCUUGGUGGGGGCUUUUCUCUGUAAUUGCGACUGAGACUGCGGUUGGAAACAGAUUUUGUAUUUUUGUAUGACCUGACUGUGCGUCAUUUUUAUAGCAGUUUAUCCUGUUUUAAAAAUAAAUUUGUUUUAUUGACAUGGUGUUAAAAAGAUACAGGCAACACUUUUGUAUAGGUAGUUGUAACAUUUAAGUGACAAACCUAUAUCAUUACAGAGUUCUUAAUAAAAUUGUGUGUGCGCCAUUCCUGAGUGUACAACUGGCAUGCAGAGCUUUUCAGCCAUGCCGAGAAGGCAUUCCACCCACACACAGACUUCCCAGUGGCCCUUAAAGCUUUUGAAAGCCCUUUGAAGUUCCCUUGCAGCCAAACUGAAAGCUGCACUCUUCCAAGGAGGUAAGCAGAAGACUGUUGUCUGAAGGGACAGCUUUUCAGGACAAGUUUAGACUCUGCUUUCCAUCCCUGAUGGGGAUGGUGGAGUGGGAGAGCACUCAAGAUGUGAAACCUUUGUUGGCAGCAGAGGUCCUGGGGUCUACCUGUUGUGAUGGGCUAAAUGUUUUCCAGCUGGUUUAAAGCCAGUGUAUGGACUGCUUUGUGGGUAGCGGUUUAGGCUCUCCAGAGAUUGACGUUGCACUGGGAGUAACACUGCAGGAGAAGCAGAUCAGAGAGCUGAGACAGAGAAAUUCUCUCCUUGUUCAGAAGUCUACUGAACUACUCAAGUAGUUCUUGAGUACUGGAGAUUCAGGCUAGACAAUUUGGGUUUAAAGUUUAAGCCAACAGGAUUGCUGGUUCCUGGCACUUGGUGUCUGCAGACUGUCUGUAUCACAGCCUCCGAUCUGCUAACUUUAAAAGGAAAAAAAUAAUAUUCUUUAAAUUGUUUGAUUUAUCUCCACAUUGUUUUUACUCUGUCAUAUUUGGAUGUCAUAGUGGCAUGUCAUCUUUAUAUUGCUUCUUCCAGUCCUAGGGAAUUUCUUUGUUGUUAUUCUUUUAGCUCUCAUUUCUAUAUUGCUCUUUCAGCAAAGAAAUGCCAAGUGGCAGCGUGUCACCUCCCCUUUACCCCACCAAUCUUACUCAGUACAUGCCUUCUCACCUCCCCAAGGCAGUAACUUAGGGUGUCACCUGGGCUGGCCGGGAGCAGAAGGGAAGUAGGUGCUGAGCUGAAGUCCUGAAGAGGGAUUUUUUUUUAUAAGAUCACUCCAUCAUUUUGCUGGCUGUAGUCAGUUGGGAGUGCAGUCCAUCGUCUCUACAGGUCCAGUUAGGGCUUCUUUACAGCUAGACUAAACGUAUGGUAUGGCCAGCUUAGAACUGCAUCUUCAACCUUCCAGUAGCUUGUGUUCAUGCUCGCAGCUGCCAAAAACAGGAUGGGGUUUUACAUGUGGCCUUAGCUUGGCAUGGUAACUCAAGGACUUUUGGCAUUAGGAAAGCAGAUUGUUGAAGGCAGAAUUUAAAGUGGAAAACCCAGAUAGAAGUUGUGGUGGAUUGAUGCUGGCUGGCAGGUAAGCCCCUACACUGUUUCUUGCUCAGUCCUCCAGCAGGAGCAGAGAGAACACUGGAAGUAAAAAAGCAUUGGGGGGAAAAAAAAAAAAGGACAAUUCAUUAAGGAAAAAAAACAACCACAACUGACCAACCAAGUGAUGCAAAGGUAAUCACUCACUGUCUCCCACCAGCAGAUGAAUGCUCAGCAUCUUUGCACCUGCCCCUACUGCCCCCACACCAGUUUUAUUGUUGAGUGCGGUGGUAUAGGGUAUUUCUUCAGUCUGUUCAGGUCAGUUGUCCUGGCUGUGUGCCCUCCCGCCUUUUUGCCCAACCCUAGCCUAAUCUGCUGGAAUGGCAGUGAGAGAGAAGGCAUUGGCCCUGUGCAAGCACUGCUCAGCAGCAGGUAAAACCAAUACUGGGUUAGCAACAGUUUUGGUUUCAAGUCUACAACACAGCACCAUGUGGGCUGCUGUGAUGAAAAUCAACUCCAUCCCAGCCUAACCCAGUACACAGGUCCACUUACCCAAGAGUUAGUCCAAGACUUUCUCCCUGUGUUUCUGUACAGCACCUUCUCAGGGUGGUUUCUUCUUUCUGAAAGGGCUUUUUUUGUAGCAGGCAAUUAGCCUGCUUCACGGUGCUCCCUUUCAUGGAGGGAGCAGGGGAUGCUAGCUCUUACUCUUUCAGCACAAAAUGGGGAUAUAAAGCAAAAAUGAGCCCUUUCUGUAUCAGUGUUCUGGCAAUUGAGCAGCCAGUGUUGGAGACAACACAUUCCAUGUGCCCUCAGGGCAUGCACUUUAGGGAUUUGCUCUGAGUGGUUAUGAUGUAUUCUAUGAAUGUAUGUUAUAGAGUCAGAGUAAAAUGCAUGUAGCAGACAUAUGCUUAUCAUCACCAUCCAGUGAUCAUUUCGUUCUGAGUGCAUAUUACAUGCUAUAUUGGACAUAGCACAGUCAUUUUAAGAAACACCCUUAAGAUUGAAAAGUAGAUACUUAACAGCAUCCCUGGUUUUAAAAUCAUGGCUUUGCCUGUGCAGAUACUGUUGACUAAAUCUAAACAUCACUAGUCCAUUGUUUCUUGAGCAGCUUGUUUGUCACAUCAUCACUACAGAAAUCCAAUUUCAUCAUCUCUGUGGGAAAAAAAAAAAAUCUUAUGUUUCCUGAAAUAAAAACCAACAAGACUUAUUUGAAGUAUCUCUUGCACUCAGCUUGUUUGUUGGAGUGAUGGAUGUUUACUCUGAAUAUUUCAUUUUAAAAUGCUUUUUCAGCUAUUUUAUCUCUGCUGUUAUGUCCAUCACAUAACAACAGAUUAUAGAGACUAGUAAACUCGUAUUUCUUGUGUUCUGUAGCAAAUACUGUUCUCAAGGGUUUGUUGUGCUUCAUUUGUUUGAGGUUUUUUUCUGUUAUAUUUAGAGAGAUGAAAGAAGAGAUAAUACUUAUCUCUUGUGAUGUGGGUCAUGUUUAAAGGGCAGAAUUUCUGAUCUGGGAUGGAGCUGUGAUGUGUCUUGCGAUGUUUGCAAGCUGAUGCAAUCAAGCCAAAGCUCUUCAGAGACACUAGGAUAAUGAAAAUAUUUCUAGGGACAAUAGGUAGCAUGAAUCCAUCUAAAAAAUACCCAUUUGGAGGCUAAACUACCUGGCGUUCAUUUGACAGAGAUUUGUUAAAACAGGACUGGGAUAAACCUAGUGGCAAAUGCCAUCAGAUUCUACUCCCCUGUCUCACUGAAGCCAAGUCAUCAUUUGUGAAUACGCUGACCAGAAUUUGGCAGUCAAAGCUUUUGGUACUUUUCUAUAGAAGAGUCGUGGCACUCCCCUUAGAACCAAAGUUUCAGGAAUUCAGAGCAAAAGUACCAGCUGACUUUAGCAGAACAAGCCUGCUGUCAGUAGCUUUGAGGGCAGCCGUAGUCUCUCUGGUGCGUGAUGGAAGGCAUUGGCAGCUCAGGUGGCUGCGCUGCCUCAGGCACGCUGCCUCUCCCCACAGGCUCCAGAGAGGCUGUGUGAGAUCAGGAUGCUGAUUUCUUCUGAAACCCAGCAGAAGCUGGGUGCAGAUGGGAGUUCCCAUGAAAGUCAGUGUCUGUGCUCCAGUGUUGAUACUGGUUGGAUCCCUCCCUGCUUGAACUGGAAAGGAACAGUAUCUCUCAUUAGAAAAACAGUGCUGCAGACAACGUGUCUCUUGGGGCAGUGAAGAAGGGAAAGACAGAAAGGUGGCUUUGUUUGUAAUGCAGGCCAGAAGGCAGCUGCUGGAGGUGAGAUGGAGCCAUGGAGAGCAGGAUUUCACAAGUAGUAAAUACUCUGCAGGAUCUUCACAGUAGUUAAGAAAAGUCAUGUUCCAAUUCACAGACAUCUCACAGCAACAUCCCCUGUGCCCUGCUUUUAUUUUGCUCUGGAGCUCACGAGAGCAAGAAAGAAGGUGGAAUCCUUUACCUGUAGAACGAAAUUGUUUCUAAACAGUAGGGUCCUGUUGCUGACUAUAGCAACUGCCCAUCUUCCAAAUGGAUUUUAAAGGCUUGACAGUAAUUGCAUUGUCAUAGUCCGUCAAAGCUUCACCUGGAAACAAAUCUUUCAUCCUCUUUCGCUCAUAUAUCUAAUAGGGCAAUCAAACCCCUGGACUGGCUUAGUGAUGUACAUUGAAUCAAGAUCAACCAACAAGUGCUCCUUUUUCCAGUGGAAUGCCACCUCCUUUGGGAACAGGAAAAGUAAAUGUGACACUGUUUGUUGUUGUCUUGAGAACUUGAAAUGUUUUAUACUGCAAGCUGUGAAUGCAGGAAGAGAAGGGAAAUUAACAGUGCUGAUCUAAUCUUAGAUUUUCUGUAUAAACUGACAUUGUGCCAGGAUACUGAUGCAAAACUGUAUUUUAGUCUAA